UCACUUGUUGACAUACCUAAUGUGUCACUUCCAGUAACUCUUUCCAUCUGCUAAACUGACUGGCAUUAAGAAGGGUGUGAUCUGUUUCCACAAUGGUUAGGCCGCAGAUAGUGGCACCUUUCAGUUCAAGUAACUCUUAUGACCUUGGUGGUUCAGGUCUGUUUGCCCAUCCAUGCGAAGGCCCCCCUUCAUAUCAUGGCUAUGGACUUCUUGACACUGGGCCGACCACGAGAUCGCUACCAGAACAUCUUGGUAAUAACGGAUUUGUUCACAAAGUACGCUUGGGCUAUCCCCACCCUCGACCAGACUGCAACCACCACCGCUACAGUUUUAUGGCGGGCCGUCUUCCAGACGUUCGGAUGCCCGGAGUUUCUGCACUCCGAUCAAGGAGCCAACUUUGAGUCCAGGGUAAUUAGAGAACUAUGCCAGUUGUACGGUUGCACGAAAACUCACACCACUUCGUAUCAUCCUCAGGGGAACGGCGGCUGCGAGAGAUUCAAUCAGACCCUAUUGGGGCUGCUGGGGACCUUGGACCAACAACGGCAGGACGAUUGGGUGAGUGCAUUGCCAAACCUCCUACAGGCCUAUAACAACAGUAUACAUAGUACUACGGGUUACGCCCCCACGUACCUGAUGUUUGGCAGACACAUACGAAUGCCUACUGACCUGGUCCUAGGAGUGACAGCCGACCAAGAGGAAGCAAGUGUAACGGAGUGGGUGGGGCAGGAGAGAAAAGUAAGCGGUUGUAUGAUCGGACUGCUAGAGAAGCCCCUCUACUGCCAGGAGAGAGGGUGUUGGUGAGAGAUAAUCGGCGGCAGGGGAAGGGGAAACUGACGGUAGCGCCGUAAGA